AUGUCCUCCCCGUAUCGUGAAAGCCAUCGGGAGAGUCAAGAGUCUUUCCUACUCGAACCACCUGCACCAUCUGCUCAUCCCAUAUAUGGCAACUACAGAGAGAGCCCGCCACUCGAUCAAGGGAGGCUGUCGAGGCCGCCAGGUCUACCAGACCUAUACAACAACCGAACAUUGUCAGACCUGAUCCCGGGAAGCAUCUCCGACAGCACGCUGUUGGAGGCACCCAAUGGAUCAUACCCAGCAUUUGCCCCAGGAGCACACUCGUCAUAUUCAGGCUCUCAGACGCGGAGCUCUUCGCCUUAUCCAGUACCAUCGCCCUUCAGAAGUCAAGAGACCUUACGACCUCUCUACCCUGACUCGCCCUCCACCUACUUCAAAAGGGACUGGGCGAAAGAGGGCCAGAUUGCUCAACUGCAUACGCGAGAUGACCAGGAAUUCAUAGCCGGCACGAAGAGAUGGCUCUACCGAUGGUUCGCGCCGUUGUUGUGCCUGGCCUCCCUCUCGAUGUAUUGGCUCUAUUUCGGCCUACGAAUUACCUUUAUUGUCGAUGCUCAGAAGCUCUAUGGCAACUCCUUCCCGCUGGCGUGGGCUUUCGUGGCGAUAGAAAUCUCGAUUGCUGUGCCCAUAUUCAUGCAGACUAUCUGGUCGCUCUUUAUCCUCAAGAAACGCCACAGGCCAAAGCUAAGGCUCAUCGGCAACGAGGUUCCCACAGUCGACGUUUUCAUCACGUGCUGUGGCGAGGACGACGACCUCGUCCUUGAUACUGUUCGCGCCGCAUGCGAUCUGGAUUACCCCCAAGACCGAUUCCGCAUCAUCCUGCUGGACGAUGGCAAAUCUGAGACACUGAAAAACGUGCUUGAGGAAUGGCGUGAGACGUGUCCGAAUGUCUUCUAUAUGUGCCGUCCAAAGUUCCCUGGCGUCCCUCACCACUUCAAGGCCGGUAACCUGAACUACGGAUUGGACGCAGUCCACAACCUACCGGGUGGCGCUGGAGAGUACAUGGCCGCUCUCGAUGCAGAUAUGAUUCCAGAACAACAUUGGUUACGAGCCGUGUUGCCACACUUGCUGAUGGAUGAUAAGAUGGGCCUCGCGUGUCCACCCCAGCUCUUCUACAACGUUCCGAGAGAUGAUCCUCUUUGUCAGAGUUUGGACUUCUUCGUUCACGUCUCCGAGCCGGUCAAGGAUGCGCUGGGUGUGGCCUGGUGCACAGGAUCCGGAUACAUCGCUCGGACAUCUGCACUGGCUCAGAUUGGGAACUUCCCCUGCGGGUCCUUGGCGGAAGAUGUCGCCACCAGCACUCUCCUGCUCGGCGCUGGCUGGAAGACAGCCUUUGUCCACGAAGCACUACAAUUUGGAACUGUACCUGAAGACUAUGGUGGCCAUCUCAAGCAACGUACACGCUGGGCCAUCGGCACCGUUGACACGGCCUUCAAGCUCAAAUUCUGUUUGUGGGGCGAUCAAGUGAAGCAAAUGUCCUUCGCACAGAGGUCGUCGAGCUUCAUCUACGCCUUCCUGAGCUUGUUCAACAUCUUCCUCACCCUCUCGAUCUUCGCCUUGCCGAUUGUUCUUGUCGCGAACAAACCCUUGGUGGCUUAUUCAAAUGACACCCAACUUCGAUGGUUGAUCCGGGCGUGUUUCGCCAACGUGGUAUUGAAUCGCCUGUGCGAGUUCAUCCUCUAUAUCCCCGCAGGUUAUACCACUGGCCAAAGAGGCAGCCGUUACCAGCUCUGGAUGGCUCCCUAUAUAUCUCUCUGCAUCAUCCGGUCAUUUGUCCUACCGACCUGGCUCGGCGGACAGCGACAAGCUUUCAAGGCGACAGGUUCGAUCAAGUCAGCACUCAACGAAAGAGACCCAAAACAGAGAGCGCCAAUGUACCGCCGGUUAUGGACGAUACUGGUCAACUACAUGGCCGGCUUCCACGUUGCGUACGUCUACUUCGUGCUGGUUGCUGUCACCAUUUCGACUUACCGAACUCUGGUCGUGCAGCACACAUUGAGAGGGAAGUUGAUCGGGCUUAUCACGCACGCAUUUUGGCCUCCUCUUGCUUGGAUCAUUGUCUGCUCUUCUUUCUGGAUUCCUUUCACAUAUGCGGUCGAUCCUCCUACCUGUCCCGACCGAGAGGAACUUCUGGACCGCGACCCGAAGACCGGUGUAUGCCACCCCAAACCGGCAGCGAAGAAGAUCGCUUUUGCGCCGCAAACCGCCUGGUUCGAGCUGGAGUACAGCUUUACCACUGCUUUUACGGCGUUGGUCUUUGUCGCGGCGUUCUUCUAUUGA